UGCGCCGCCGCCUCCGCCUGUGCCUCCUGCGCCCGUCUGCCUGCGCCCGUCCGCCUGCGCCACCGCCGCCCGUCUGCCUGCGCCCGUCCUCCUGCGCCAGUCCGCCUGCGCCGCCGCCGCCCGUCUGCCUUCGCCGCCGCCUCAACGCUGAUUUUUCCUCUCUGCGUCUUUCCGCUGCAUGCUGCUCCGCCGCUGCUCUGCCCGUGGUUCUGCACGCUGAUUUUCUUCUCACCGUCGUCUCUGGUUUCUCUCUUCGUUCAGCUCUGCUGUUGCCUCUUCUCGCCGAUCGGACUUCUGGAUUGCUACCUGCGUUAACUGCAUAUUGCUUCAUGAUCAGCAUGUUGUCUUUCGAUAUGUGAUUGUAUUCUUUUGCCUGCACUUCCUAUUCCGUGGCUCGGUUUCCUCCUUUGUGUUGAAAGAUGUCUGAAAUUAGUAGUGGCGCUAAUACCUCUUCCUUUGUAUCGUCGGGAGAGAUGAAGAGUUCCCCAUUUUCCAGCAUUAUCACCAAAAUGGAUGGGGGUAAUUACGAGAUGUGGGCCAUGCAAGUAAAAAGAACUUUGAUCGCCCAUGAGAAGGAACAUCUCAUAUUGGAGCCCGAGCCCGUACAGAAGGUAGGAAAAUAUACUACUUGGUUUAAAGAUAAUUCAUUGGUUAUGGUAUGGAUUGUUGGUACUCUCUCACAAGAAAUUGCAAAUGAAGUCUUGCACAAGGACAGUGCAAAGGAUAUGUGGGAUUCCCUUGCUGCCACUUAUUCACAGGCAAGAAAUGAAACGCGCAUUAUGCAGCUUCAUCAUGAUAUCCAUCAGAUGCGCCAAGAUGGCAGACCUCUUAUUAUUCUAGUCUCAAGUCCAUGUUUGAGAGACUGAAUAGCUACUUUCCCGCAUGCAAGUGUGAACAACAAAAGGCAUACAGAGAUAUGCUUAUGGUAGGGGUCUUUCUUUCUGGUUUAGACUCUGUUUAUGAAUCCGCCAAGAACCAAAUGCUUACUAGUCCCUCGAUUCCUCCUAUUGAUGAGGCUUACAGUAGGCUCAGCAGAAUUUCGAUCUCUGCAUCGACUGUUCCUGAUACCACUUCUGCUAUGCUUGCUACUCGUGGCAGAGGAGGACCCUUUUUUGCCAGAGGAAGAGGGGGCCGUGGCCGUGGCAAUACCCCUUCGCGCCCUGUAUGUCAGUUUUGUCACCGCAUUGGUCAUACUGUGGAUAAGUGUUGGCAGAAACAUGGUCGUCCAGCUUUUGCAAAUCAGACUGUAUCUACUGAUUCUCCUGAGCAGCCUAAGCCUCAGCACACUGCCUCCUCCAGUGAGUUGCAUGUAGAUGACAUUCUCUCUCAGUUGAGGCACUUGAUUGGCGACAGCGCCCAUCCAUCCCCUGGUCCGACCACUUCUACUGUUCCUACCGCUGCGAGUGCUUCUUCAUCUGGAUAUACUGACGGGCAGGGUGAUUGGCAGUGGCCGUGAACAGGGAGGUCUCUACAGGCUAGUGCACUCCUUUCCCUUUGCUGGAUCUACCUCGUCGGGGUCGUCCUCAUCCUCGGCUUAUACUUGGCAUUUACGUUUU